UACCAUGGAGACUGGAAGCCCAUUCUGAGAACAGGGUGGAAACUGCGAGUCGCCCCCAUCUCCCAGGGCACCACUUUGGAGCCAGCAUUUUCGGCCUCGGAAAUGAGACCCAGAGCGCCUCGCACGAGCAGCCCCAACCUCCCCGCAGACGACAUGCGACACCGCCCGGGUGACCCAGGCUCGGGAAUCUCUAGGCUUCACGGACGCAGAACCACGGAAGACACGCCUCAAUGCGCGUGUGCAACUCUAUCCCGUCCUUUAAAGAAGGCCAUGUGGCCUCUUCACCAAUCGGAAUCCUGCUUUUUCCCUGGUCCCGCCUUAUUCCCAGACUUCCGGCGUCUUGCUGGCCGCAACACAACCCUAAACUACAGGGCUCGGCACUCCCAGAGACUUCUGGGUAUUGUAGUCCUAAAGGUUCAGAGCGACAAGAGCACGGUUUAGUAAAAAGCAGCUUAGAAUAAAAAUGCCUGCACUAGUAAUGAUUCGGCGAGUUGGAAACGCUUGUUAGAUGCUUUCACUCACUGUUAUUUGUGGGGGAAGCAGGAGUGAAGGAGAAGGAAGGAAGCCGCAGAGGCUUCUGGGAAUUCUAGUUCAGCCCUCUGAGCAAGUGCUGGGAGUUGCGACCCCCGCCCCGGAUCCGGAAGUGGUCGCCGAGGCCUCCUAGCAGCCAAUGUGAAUGCGACAAGUUCCCGAUCCAGGCGUCCCGCUCUCCCCGGCCCCACUCGCCAGGUCCUACCACGAUGCCUGACUCGUUUGCGGCUUUGGGACCGGUUGUAGGUGGCUUGACCGUCACUAGUAGACGUUUCUGAGUGUGUCGCGGUCACCAUGACUUCCUUUCACGCCUGUCGCCAGGUUAACUAGGUCACUGUUUGCUCUCAGGAGCAACCCUGCCUCCCGCAGUUCGCUUGGUCCUUGAUUACAGGGGAGGUUCCCUGCUCAAGCUCUCUUCUCUUGUCUGCCGCCAUGUGAGACGUGCCUUUGACCUUCUGCCAUGAUUGUGAGGCCUCCCCAGCCACGUGAAACUACUUCUGAACGAACAGUGAAUCUAUUACUGAGGAAAACCAGAGGAAGCCUGUGUAGAUAGGUAUCAAUUAGAUACCAGCUACUGGAAGAGCUUUCUCAGAGACUGAUUAAAAAAUUCUCCACUAGAUAUGGCUGCAAAUUGCACAUCCUCAUGGCGUGUAGGAGAAUCCUGCAACAGACCUGGGUUGGAGCUGCCACGGUCUAUGGCAUCCUCAGAAACUCAACUUGGAAAUCAUGACGUGGACCCUGAGAUUUCUCACGUGAACUUCAGGAUGUUCAGCUGCCCGAAGGAGUCGGACCCCAUCCAGGCUCUGAGGAAACUCACUGAGCUGUGCCAUCUGUGGCUGAGGCCCGACCUCCACACCAAAGAGCAGAUCCUGGACAUGCUGGUGAUGGAGCAGUUCAUGAUCUCCAUGCCCCAGGAGCUCCAGGUCUUAGUCAUGAUGAACGGUGUGCAGAGCUGCAAAGACCUGGAGGACCUGCUACGAAAUAACAGAAGACCCAAGAAAUGGUCUGUGGUCACCUUCCACGGAAAGGAAUAUAUUGUGCAGGACUCAGAUAUCGAGAUGGCUGAAGCCCCCUCCAGUGUCAGAGAUGAUCUGAAAGACGUGUCCAGCCAACGGGCCUCCUCGGGGAACCAGAUGCAUCCGGGGGAAGGCCAGGCCAGCCGAGAGCUGCAGAUCCUGCCCAGGGUCCCUGCAUUGUCCAGGAGGCAGGGAGAGGACUUUCUGCUACACAAGAGUAUUGACGUAACAGGUGACCCAAAGUCUCCGAGACCCAAGCAGACCUUGGAGAAAGAUCUGAAGGAAAACAGGGAAGAGAACCCAGGACUGACAUCCCCAGAGCCUCAGCUUCCAAAGAGUCCCACAGGUGUGGUGGGAGCAAAGGAGGGGAAGGAACCCCCAAAAAUAGCCUCUGUGGAAAAUGUGGAUGCUGACACACCUUCUGCCUGCGUUGUGGAGAGAGAAGCUUUGACUCACAGCGGGAACAGAGGAGACGCUCUGAAUCUGAGAGGUCCCAAAAGAAGCAAACCAGAUGCCUCCUCCAUUUCCCAAGAAGAGCCUCAAGGAGAAGCCACACCUGUGGGCAACAGAGAAUCCCCGGGACAAGCUGGGAUGAAUUCAAUUCAUUCCUCAGGCCCUGCAAGCCCAGUCAGUCACCCGGAUGGCCAAGAAGCCAAGGCACUGCCGCCCUUUGCAUGUGACGUGUGCGAGAAGAGGUUUACGUGUAAUUCCAAGCUAGUCAUCCACAAGAGAUCACACACAGGCGAGAGACUCUUUCAAUGUAAUCUCUGUGGGAAGCGCUUCAUGCAGCUUAUUAGCCUCCAAUUUCACCAGCGAACCCACACUGGCGAGAGGCCCUACACGUGUGACGUCUGCCAGAAGCAGUUCACCCAGAAGUCCUACUUGAAGUGUCACAAGAGAAGUCACACAGGGGAGAAGCCCUUCGAAUGUAAAGACUGCAAGAAAGUUUUCACCUACAGGGGGAGCCUGAAGGAGCACCAGCGCAUCCACUCCGGAGAGAAACCCUACAAAUGUUCUAAGUGUCCAAGAGCCUUCAGUCGGCUGAAAUUGUUAAGACGCCACCAGAAAACACAUCCAGAAGCUACUUCUCAGUGAUUGCAUAAUACGGUCUAUGCCUUCUGCACCAAGAAGAAGUGAAUGAUAUUUUUCAUCAAUGUUAUCAGAUGACAUUUGACACAUGCAAGGGCGCCUGGCACACAGAGGGAGUGCCCUAGAUAUGAAUUGCCAGGAUGUUUGAGUAAAUAUGUGUCCUCCCCGCUGAGCUUUGUUUUCUGUUUCAUUAUGUCCAUUGUUUUCUUAUAGGUUUAUUUUGGUUUGUGUUGCUGUUCUUCCAAUAAACGAUCAUCUUAUUAGUUUUCAA